CCUCCUCUCGUCUCUGACCACGUCCCUUCCUAGUUUUCAAAACAUUGAAAAAUCGAAACGCGCUUUUGCUUCAUUCUUCACCCUUAUUAAAAGUAACCCUUUUGAAUCAUUUCUCCUUAAAAUUCAAGAAACCAAACCAGACCAAACGAAAGCAUCGUUUGAGGCAUAUGGGGCAGCAAUCGCUGAUAUACAGCUUUGUGGCGCGUGGCACGGUUGUCGUGGCGGAGCACACGGACUUCACCGGAAACUUCGUGGACGUAGCUUUUCAGUGCCUGCAGAGGCUUCCAGCUUCCAACAACAAAUUCACCUACAACACCGAUACCCACACCUUCAACUACCUCACCCAUGAUGGAUUCAGUUACUGUGUUGUGGCAGUGGAACCUGUUGGUCGCCAGCUUGCAAUGCCCUUUCUUGAACGCAUAAAGGAUGAUUUUACCAAGAGAUAUGGUGGAGGAAAAGCUGCAACAGCCACUGCUAAAAGCUUAAACAAAGAAUUUGGACCCAAGUUAAAGGAACAUAUGCAAUAUUGUGUGGAACACCCAGAAGAGGUUAGCAAACUUGCCAAGGUGAAAGCUCAGGUUUCUGAAGUCCAACAAGUUAUGAGGGCAAACAUUGAUCAGGUUCUUGAUCGUCAAGUGAAGAUUGAUGUUUUGGUGGGCCAAACUGAGGAUCUUCGCAAUCAGGCUGAAGAUUUCAGGCGGACUGGAGGCCAGAUAAGGAGAAAGAUGUGGUAUCAGAACAUGAAGAUAAAGCUAAUAGUACUUGUCAUCUUAAUUGUCAUCAUUUUGAUAAUUGUUCUUUUGGUAACAUAACAUAGAAUAUUACAAGUUUGUAACCAAUAAAAAUAAGAGUAGUUUCAUUUUUUUAAUUCAAUCUUAAAUGUUUUAUUUUAAACUCUUUUUUUUUUUUGUUUUGGAAAAACUUGUGUUAUUAUUGUAUGAGUCUCAAGAGAACUUUCACAUGAGAAGUCAAUAGAAUUGUGAGUGUUGAGCA